AUGAUGAUUGAGGCAACCGAUAUAGACUAUUUGAGAACUGCAACUGUUACCUAUAAUGCGCGUGAAAAUUAUUCUUCGACGACUCCUGGUGCUCGAUCAAUUAUUGACGUCAUCGCUGAUGAUAUUGAACCUACUCUAACUCAAGUUCCAAAUGUUGUUGAAUCUACGAUCCCCUCGGUUAACCAUAAUGCUACUGCUGCUACCCCGGGUCCAUCAAAAAAUUUGAUGGACGUUACAAAUCCUUAUGUCCAAAUUGAUUCAUCCUAUAAGAGAAAUCAAAAACAAUCGUCAGAUUAUGUUGACUUAGAUGCUCAAGAUGAAGAAGAGAAGCAAUCGGAUAAAGAGAAAGAUACAGAAUUAGACGAAGAAGAAA